AUGUCUACUGCGAUAAUGCACAGCGCGUCACUCUACGACUUUGGAGAGUACCCACGCAAGAACCAGACAAACGCUUCCCGAGGCAACACACAGAUGAUCGUUGGCGGUGGUGGUGUUGGCGGGGGCAACGUGCACAACAUCACGCCCGUCGGCGGUGCGUCCAGCAACAGCAACGGGUUUGUGUUUGCGUCCACCUUCAAUGUUACCGCUGCGUUGGCCGCUACCAACACCAAUGGCAACGCGCAGCAAACGCUCAACGGCAACCAUCAUAUCGAGCAGCAGCAAUCUCAGCAGUCGCCGCACUUCCAUCGCAAGAACCAGCUGAGUCGGCUGCUGCUGGAUCUGGAUGAUACUGCCGCGCAGCACAAGCAGCAACAGGGCAACAAUGGUGGUGGUGGUGGUGGUGGUGGUGGAGGUGGCGGAGCGUCACACCAUCACACCCUGUACCGUACCGCUUCCCAGCCAGCGACCCGCCAGAUGGUGGGAAAUCUGCUGGAGAUGAUCGCCCUGAACGGGAUCAAGCUGACCCAGGACAUCAGCUUUGCCAGCAGCGGCAGCAACAGCGCCAACUCCAUUAGCAGCAACAACGGCAACAACAGCAACCAGCUCGCUACUACUAGCAACACCACUUCCUCCUCCUCCGGUCACCGGAAGUUGGAACGAACGCAGUCCGAACCGCUGCCACAGCAAGUAAAUACCUCGAGAUACAAAACCGAGCUCUGCCGACCGUACGAGGAGGCGGGAGAGUGCAAGUACGGUGACAAGUGUCAGUUCGCGCACGGCAUGCAGGAGCUGCGUAAUCUGCAGCGCCACCCGAAGUACAAGACGGAACUGUGCCGCACGUUCCACAGCGUCGGCUUCUGUCCGUACGGGCCACGCUGUCACUUCGUGCACAAUGCCGAAGAAGCGCGCAACCACAACCGCAACGUGGCGGCCUAUCAUGCACGGUUGGCUGCGGCUGCUGCAGCCGCUGCCGGCGGCAACAACUCAUCAUCCCAGUCGUCGCAGACCGGGACCAGAACCGGCAACGGUCCCAGUAUGCUUAACAGCAACAAUCAGCAGCAGCAUCAUCAUGGACACGGCCAUCACCACAGUCAGCAACAGCAGCAGCAGCAGCAGCACAAGGCAAUGUCGAUUGCACAGCUGCAAACGGCCAUUCUGCAGCAAUCGUCUAUCGCUCAUGCUCAGCAGCAACAGCAGCAACAGCUUCAUCAUCAUCAGCAACAACACCAUCAUCAGUUGCCACUCAGCCCGGCACUGUCGAUGUCCACCGGUUCUGAUCGGGCCUCACCGAUCGGCUCGCUGUCGCUGAGCCCAACCACCUCGAUGGCGAACUUCUUCCCGGAAGCGAUCAGUCCCACGCUGCAGCAGGGUGGUGCCAUUCCGCAACCGUUCCUAUUCCCAACCAGCCCACCGGCCAGUCCGAUCGAGGGCCUGUCGCCAAUGGCCACACCACCACCGUCAUCACCCUCGCUAGUCGCCAUGAAGAUGGGUGGAGGUGGUGGAUCGAUUGGUCACGCAGGUGUUGUCAACAAUAUGGCCCCUAUCGGCAUGGGGCAGGAGGACCGGCUUCCGGUGUUUAAUAUGUUGAGCUCCGUCGUCGAAUCACACUACUCUCAACUCACAAUAUAA